AAACGUUGACUUUUUUUGGUGUGGGCAAAUUAAUGAAUGAACCUUAUCCGUUGUGGUCUCGAGAUCAUCGUUUUUUUCCAAAGAGAUUGAAAACAAGCGAUGAAAGAAGAUGGAGGAUCGGGUUACGAAGCAGAGGAUUGGCAAAAUAAACACAUCAACAAGAAGAUCAUUUAUCAGUCUCAAAGAUAUUCCUCCUCUCGAUCCAUCUUCUAUCCCCGGCCCCUCCUCUCUGAAGCCAAGAGCAAUGAUGAUGGUGGUGCAAGAUGAUAAUGCGGGAAUGCAGAGUUUCGAUGAGAAGAGUGGGUUAAAGCUUAAAGAUGUGAAUGAGGAGGAUGCUAAAGAAGACAAUGCCUUUUCUUCCUUCUCUAACAUUCAGAUUGAUCCUAACAGCACAAGAAGUCUCAUAAGCAUUACACAACAGAAGAACCUUCUUCUUCCUAAACCAGAUGAAGAGAACGACACCAAACCGAAAUCUAAAGAUGAAUCUAAGAGAGGGUCAGCGAAAUCGGUACUACACGAAAUAUGUGCUUCCAAGCGUUGGAGACCUCCGGUUUAUGAAUGCUGCAAAGUUGAUGGGCCUUCCCAUAUGAGAUUAUUUUCAUACAAAGUUGUGGUUGAGAUUAGAGAUUCUUCAGGGAAUACUGUUUUGGAGUGUUUUGGGGAUCCCAAGCGUAAUAAGAAAGCUGCAGCUGAGCAUGCAGCGGAAGGAGCGCUUUGGUUUCUUCACCAUGCAAGGCAAAACCAGAAAAAGCCGGAUCAGUAAAAUCAUCAUUUAGUCAGAUUUAGUUAUUGGAGAGAGUUUGGUAUAGUUAUAUAUCUACUUCUAACUAGGGAAGCUUAAACGAUACCCUUAUCUAUGGAUUGUAGUAAUAGUUUUGAUCUGUAUCGAAUUGUUCAGCAAGUGAAUGUUUUAAUGAUUACAAUUUCUCUAGUUUUUAUAUCAAUCCUUGUGCCAUUAUUAUA